AUGAAAGAUCUAGACAAAGAAGAAAUUGCUGAAUUUAGAGAGUACUCCAAGGGGGUGGAGCUGCAUCGGAUCAGGGACAAAGCAAAGGACCUGCUCUCGGACUUCCUAGAUGCCCAAGUCCCUCAACCCCGAGCUGCUAUGCCCAGAAAUAGAACAGUGCGUUGGACUCCCCCUAUUCGGCCUCUUGCCAAAAUUAAUUUUGAUGCAGCACUUUUCAAGGAAUUGGAUUCUGCAGGUUUUGGCAUUGUGGUCCGAAACACUUUGGGUUCAGUCCGAGCUGCUUUGUCUCAACGAGUCCCUAUCCCUUUCUUUGCAGCUACGGUUGAAGCCUUAGCUUGUCGAAGGGCUUUGGAGUUCGCAAAAGAAAUUUCUGCACUGGACUGUAUCUUUGAAGGUGAUGCAGAGGUUCUUAUUAAAGCCAUUUGUAUGGAAGAUGUUAGCAACCCCGAGUAUGGUCAUGUCAUUGAGGAUAUUCUUGUGUUAGUUAGGGACUUUCACUUUAGUUCUUUCAAUCAUGUUAAAAGAUCAGGCAAUCAAGUUGUCCAUCAUCUAGCUAGACGCUCUAAGUCUAGCUGUGAGCUAUAG